CGGCCGCCGACCGCGUCCUCUCUGUGUGGGCCGGCCCUGCCCCGAACGGCGACCCUCGGCGCCCUGGGCCCGGGAUGGGGACUGGGCGCCGCUCUCUCUCUGCGUCUCAACUCUCUCGCCCCGCUCUGCUGUCCCUUGUUCUGGCCCAAGCCUCAUCCUGUUACCUGUCCCCUCGCAUCCGCCCGCUUCCAUCCCUACCCCCACCAGCCCGGAGCUCCCUGCUUCCAGUACUUUGUACUUUUCACAAGUGGGAGCUCCACUGCGCUGGCCAUUAUUUUGCCUAUAGGAAUCCUGUGGGGCAGGAAGGUUGAAAGUGUUUCACCGACCUGGCCAAAUGGAGACGUCGAAAUGAGAAGUAAAAGUGACAAAGUUCUGGAAGGAGGUGAGGCAUCCUAACCCAGUUGAACUCUGUAUCCAGAAAGCCCAAGAUUAAAGAAGAUCAGAGACACUGACUAACCUGGAAACAGGGACCUCUUGGGAAUUUUGCUUUCAUCCACAGUGACCUUUCAAAAGUAUCAUCAAGUGGAAUUGCUUUUCUUCAUCUUAUUUUGCUAAUUGGGAAGAACAUGGCUUUGGGAAUUUUGUGUUUCCCUUCAGUUUUGCAUGAACUCUGCAGGAAAUGGAGCCCUUGAAGGGUUUGGGAGUAACAAGAAGAGACUGAAGACAGACAAGCUUGCGCUCGUACACUCUCUCGGGUCUGUUUUCCCUCCCCCUUCAAAGAAAAGGAUUUACAACUCAACCUUGUAACAGCUGCUGCCCAGCUUUAGCCAUCAAGAGAAAGUAAAUAAAAUUAAACCACCACUGCCAGACGACAAGCCCUGAAGUCAAGGUGUGGGAGUGGUGGCGUUGAGAAAACUGCCUGAGAGGGACGAGGAGCGCAGUGAAGCCGGUUUCUCUUUAAAGCUGGCAGGGGCCCCAGGCCCCUCCUUGGAUUGAACUAGAAAUACAGGCCCCCCGAGCGCCGCUCGCCUCUGGUGGGAGUGAGGUGGUCGUGGCGCUGCAGUGUCUCCUCCGAAGACAUUCUCCUCGCCAGAGGCGCCCUGUGCUCCCCCGUCCCCCCCUCUUCGCUUCGGAGGACCUGCCUCCCUCCAUGUGCCGUCCCCUGGCCUGUCCAGCUGCCCGUGUUCCCCACCUGCGGCCGUCUGCAUGUGUGCGGCCUCCUGUGUGUCCCCGGUUUUUAAACUGUACCGCUUGUGUUUCUUAAUCGCUCCUUCUGCCUUGUUCUGGGGAGGUGGUGGUUCGUCAUCUGGAGUCACCUUUCCCCCUCCCAUGUGCUUUCCUUCCUGGGAGAUCUCUUGACCUUUGGUUUUAUUUGGGAGGGGGAAGGGUGGUGAUUCUAAAUUUUCUGUGUCCCUGGUCUCCUUCGGUCCUCCUCUCCGUGGUCGCCCUCGUCCCGUUUUCUUGUCUGUUCUGCCUCUGUGUGGGCCUGUGCUAUGCGGCAGGGCAGAUCUCCCAGCAGAGCUCCAACAUGCCCGCAGAGUCUGCAAAGAGGUUCAAACCCAGCAAGUAUGUUCCCGUCUCAGCAGCCGCCAUCUUCUUAGUGGGAGCCACGACCCUCUUCUUUGCCUUUACCUGUCCGGGACUGAGCCUGUCCGUGUCGCCUGCGGUGCCCGUCUACAAUGCGGUGGUGUUUCUCUUUGUGCUGGCCAACUUCAGCAUGGCCACCUUCAUGGACCCAGGGAUCUUCCCUCGAGCUGAAGAGGAUGAAGACAAAGAAGAUGACUUCCGGGCGCCCCUUUACAAAACCGUGGAGAUCAAGGGCAUCCAGGUGCGCAUGAAGUGGUGUGCCACCUGCCGCUUCUACCGGCCUCCCCGCUGCUCCCACUGCAGCGUCUGCGACAACUGUGUGGAGGAGUUUGACCACCACUGCCCCUGGGUGAACAACUGCAUCGGACGCCGGAACUACCGUUACUUCUUCCUCUUCCUGCUCUCCCUGACGGCCCACAUCACGGGUGUGUUUGGCUUCGGCCUCCUCUAUGUCCUCUACCACCUGGAGGAGCUCUCCGGGGUCCGUACGGCCGUCACGAUGGCCGUGAUGUGUGUGGCUGGCUUGUUCUUCAUCCCGGUCGCUGGCCUCACGGGGUUCCACGUGGUGCUGGUGGCCAGGGGACGCACCACCAAUGAACAGGUUACGGGUAAGUUCCGGGGAGGUGUGAACCCCUUCACCAACGGCUGCUGUAACAACGUCAGCCGUGUGCUCUGCAGCUCCCCAGCGCCCAGGUAUUUGGGGAGACCAAAGAAAGAGAAGACAAUUGUCAUCAGACCACCCUUCCUUCGACCCGAAGUGUCAGAUGGCCAGAUAACCGUGAAGAUCAUGGACAAUGGCAUCCAGGGGGAGCUGAGGAGGACUAAGUCUAAAGGCAGCCUGGAGGUAACAGAAAGCCAGUCAGCAGAUGCGGAGCCGCCACCCCCGCCUAAGCCGGACCUGAGCCGUUACACGGGGCUACGGACACACCUCAGCCUGGCCACUAACGAGGAGAGCAGCCUGCUGGGGAAGGACAGCCCCCCCACGCCCACCAUGUACAAGUACCGGCCAGGCCACAGCAGCAGCGCGUCAGCCGCCAUGCCGCACUCGUCCAGCGCCAAGCUGAGUCGCGGGGACAGCCUCAAGGAGCCGACCUCCAUCGCAGAGAGCAGCCGCCAUCCCAGCUACCGCUCGGAGCCAAGCCUGGAGCCCGAGAGCUUCCGUUCGCCCACCUUCGGCAAAGGCUUCCCCUUUGACCCGCUGUCCAGCGGCUCGCGCUCCUCCAGCCUCAAGUCUGCCCAGGGCACGGGCUUUGAGAUGGGCCAGCUGCAGUCCAUCCGCUCCGAGGGCACAACCUCCACCUCUUAUAAGAGCCUGGCCAACCAGACACGAAACGGGAGCCUGUCCUAUGACAGCCUGCUCACGCCUUCUGACAGCCCUGAUUUCGAGUCCGUGCAGGCGGGCCCGGAGCCAGAGCCGCCUCUGGGCUACACGUCUCCCUUCCUGUCAGCCCGGCUGGCCCAGCAGCGGGAGGCCGAGCGGCACCCCCGCCUGGUGCCCAGCGGCCCAGCGCCCCGCGAGCCCUCGCCUGUCCGCUAUGACAACCUGUCACGCCACAUCGUGGCCUCGCUGCAGGAGCGCGAGAAGCUGCUGCGCCAGUCGCCGCCGCCCGGCCGCGAGGAGGAGCCGGGCCUGGGGGACUCGGGCGUCCAGUGCACACCCGGCUCAGGCCACGCGCCGCGCACCAGCUCCUCCUCCGACGACUCCAAGCGCUCGCCCCUGGGCAAGGCGCCGCUGGCACGGCCAGCGGCCCCCCGGUUCGGCAAGCCGGAUGGGCUGAGGGGCCGGGGCCUCGCGUCCCCUGAACCAGGCCCGCCCGCCCCCUACCUGGGCCGCUCCGUGUCUUACAGCAGCCAGAAAGCCCCCCCCGGGGUCCCCGAGACGGAGGAAGUGGCCCUGCAGCCGUUACUGACGCCCAAAGAUGAAGUACAGCUCAAGACCGCCUACAGCAAAUCCAACGGACAGCCCAAGAGCAUAGGCUCAGCCGCCCCCGGCCCGGGCCAGCCUCCUCUCAGCAGCCCCACGAGGGGCGGCGUCAAGAAGGUGUCGGGGGUGGGGGGCACCACCUACGAGAUCUCCGUGUGAGCCGGGCCGCCUCUGCACCUGCACCAAAGGGCCCCCGGGCCACCUCCCUCCUCCAGGGGCCCUCCCCUGCACGGACGUGUCAACGCCGAUUCCGAGAAGAGGAGGGGUGUUUCAUAGAGUGCAGGGGGGCUGGGGCCCCAAGACUGGGGUAGCAUCCCCCCUCCACCUUUCAAGACCCUGCCCCCCUCACCCCCUGGACCAGACUCAGUGGACAUUUGUGCAAUUGCUCGCCCUGGAGGGAACCAGAUCAUUUUUAAACCAGAAAUAAUUUUUUUUAUUAUUGUUACGGAUUCUAUUUUUUUCCUCUUCUGCGUUACCAGGUGUGUGUGUACAUAUAUAUAUAUAUAUAUAUAUAUAUUAUAAAUAUCAAAGAAAUUAUAUAUCUAUCCUGGGAUGGGAAGGUGAGGGAGGGAGAUGAGUCAGGGGCCCUUACUCUUCCUGCCCCUCAGACCAGCAGCAGGAGAGCAGACGCCACUGAAGUCUCCCUCUUCCCUGUGGUUCCUGCUCUGGGUCCCAGUUACCAUCUAGGGACACAGCACCCCGAGCUGUUGGUGCUGCGUGGUCAGGAAAGACAGCGGGGGAGAGUCGGGGUGGGGUCUCUCAGAGGAGGGCUGGGAGAGGAGAGUUGUUUUCCAGGCUCAGCGGCACUUAGUCUCCCCUGGGGAGGGCGCCUCAGCCCUGAGUGGUGGGGGGGGGGGGGGCGGUCAGGAGAAGGGCUUGGCAGAGCUCCAGCAACAAUAUUGGGGUGACCCCCCUUCUUGGGGGAGAGGGAGCAGAGCGGGCCUCUCCAGCGGGCCCCUCAAAGCCCUCCUCCCCCGUUCACACGGUUAACAUUUUUAAACCCAAGGCCGGGAAAGAAGAAUCCAAAAAGCAAUAUUUCUCAUCACAUGCCAAAAACGGGAUUAAGAGAAGGAGCAGCAGGCUGAGGCCCCUCCAGCUGUCCCUUGGGAGUCCCCCUCUGCCCACCUCUGUAUGGUGCUGGGUAGAUGGGAUACCUAGGUUCUCACCUUCAAAAAUAGGGGCAACCCCAGCCUCUAGACAGAGGCCCUUUUAUUUUUUAUUCUGAUUAGCCAUUUUAAACCAACAAGGAAUAAAAAGAAAUCCUGAUCUAACCAGC